UCGAAACGUUAUAAAAUGCCACAGCUGCGCAAGUGUAACGUUACAGUGAACUCGGAUUUUGGUUAAGGUGCACACCAGUGUUUAGGAAAAAUGGCACCAUGGAUAUUCGUGGCGAUCGUGAGCUGUCUGGUAAGUGGACUGCAGGCUCAAAUCAACUACUGUAGCACUAGCUAUUGCCGGAACGGUCGUCAGAACGUUGGUUGCAAUCCUCCAGGCAUUCCGGGAGGACCGGCCUGCGCUGGGUUGAAACCCGUGGUUAUAACGAUCAACUCUACGCUACAAACGUUGAUCCUUUCCGAGCACAACACGCGCCGAUCGCAACUAGCCCUAGGUCAACUGAAACCGUUCCUGCCGGCUGUUCGUAUUCCUACUCUUAGCUGGGACGUGGAACUUGCCAAACAGGCUGGCAAUAAUGCACGCAGCUGCCGGUACCAACACGAUAGCUGCCGUAACACGCCCGUCUAUGCGUGGGCCGGACAAAAUAUUGCACUUGCGCAGUUUUCCCGCAUGGCCAAUACGAUAUCGCAGCUAAUAAGCUCCAACAUCGCUUCCUGGUGGAAUGAGUACAGCUUUACUAAGCAGGAACAACUGAACUCCUAUCCAUCGAGCAAUUCGGGACCUGCCAUUGGACAUUUCACACAGAUGGCAAGCGACCAGACGGCCAAGAUUGGGUGCGCCAUGCAGAAUUGGGUGAGUGGCAACUGGCAGACGUACUACUUCGUGUGUAACUAUGCUGUCACUAACAUUAUUGACAAGCCAGUCUACAAAGCUGGAGCGGUUGCUUCAAAAUGUACUACGGGCCGCAAUCCAACGCUACUUGGACUGUGCUCAGUGUCAGAAACUAUCAACCCUGUCCCAAACUAAUUUAAUGCAGCAAAAUAAAGCAAUCAAUCCGAUUAUAUAAAAUGUCAUUCAAAACUA